AUGGCUUUUACAAUUUCCAUAAAGAACGCUGGAAAAGUCCAUGAAAUCGAAUUGGAAGAUUCUGCUACUGGGUUGGAGUUUAAGAAAAAGAUCCAGGACAUAACCCAGAUUCCGGUGGAACGCCAGAAGAUUUUGAUCAAGGGAGGCAAAUUGAGCGAUGAUGUGGUUGUUUCAACACUCAAAGCUAACUUGAAAAAUCCAAUUAUGGUCCUCGGAACACCAGACAAGGACUUACCUGUGUUUGACUCGAACAAACACGUGUUUUUGGAAGAUUUGAACGAAAACCAAUUGGUCAAGGUUGCGGAAGAACCUUCUGGAUUGAUCAACUUGGGCAACACCUGCUACUUGAACUCUUCAUUGCAAGCGCUCUACAACAUCAAGGAUAUUUCUGACAAAGUGAAAAGCUCCUCAGGAUCAACUGCUAUGAUCACUACUUUGAAGGGUAUUUUCAACGCAAUGGGAAAGAAACAACAGAAUGUGGACCCUACACUUUUCCUCAUGCAGUUCAGAGCCCAAUUCCCCCAGUUUGCAGAGCAAGAAAUGGGUAUGUACAAACAACAGGAUGCAGAGGAGGCGUUCUCCCAAAUCAUGACCGUUUUGGGUUCUACUUUCGACAUUAAUGACGCGUUUAGAAUUGACUUUAAGACUGUCACCAAAUGUUUGAGCUUGCCGGAAGAAGAACCGAAGAUUGGUUCAGACUCGGCUUCCAAAUUGAGUUGUCACAUUGACAUCAAGACUAAUUUCUUGAGAGACGGAAUCAUCAAUGGAUUAACGGAUAAACUUGAAAAGAGAAACGAAACAUUAAACGCGAAUGCUGAGUACGAGAUAACCAAAACCAUCACUAGGUUGCCAAAGUACUUGACUGUGCACUUUAUGAGAUUCUUUUGGAGAAGAGACACACGUAAGAAAUCCAAGAUUUUGAGAAAAGUGCAAUUUCCUUUCGAACUAGACUUAUCGGAAAUGCUUGACCCAUCAAUCAAGCAGGAAAAAAUUGAAGUGAGAGAUAAAUUGAGAAAAAUCGAAAAGGAUAACGAUGAAUUGAUUAGAGAUUUCAAGAAGGCCAAGAAGGACAAGUCCUUAACCCCAAAGCAACAACAAGAAGAAGAUGAAUUGAAGAUCGAAUCUAUAAAGUCCAAAUUCAUGGAUGACUUUGCAGGGAUUUUGCCAAAAGAUUUCAGCUUCGAAACUGCCACAGAAAACCCAUCUUCCGUGUACGAGUUACAGGCAAUCAUCACCCACCAGGGCUCGUCGGCCGACUCCGGUCAUUACCAGGCAUUUGUUAAAAACGAGAAGGAUCUCGAGGGUGAGAGCUGGUGGAAAUUUAAUGACAACAAGGUUUCGUCUGUUAACAGAGACAAGAUUGAAGCUUUGGCUGGUGGCGGAGAAAGCGACUCAGCAUUGAUUCUCAUUUAUAAAGCCAAGGGAUUCUAG